AUGAUCGACACGUCGCCAGUAAACGAAAGCCUGAAGAAUGCGUCCGAAUUUGCAAGAAGUAUUCCUUCUAUGGCAGAGGGCAUUGCAUUGUGCAGCGCCUUCGCAUUAUCAUCUGUCUUAAUUAUUACAGGAAACUUACUUACUCUCGUUCUCUUUGCAGUUAGCAAAGCUCUCCAAAAGAAAAGUUUCUUCCUAAUCAUGAAUAUGGCUUUUGCUGAUUUGAUGCUGGGAGCCAUUACUCUACCUUUUUACAUUUAUUCUGUCGGAGGCUUUCUACAGCUUUGGACAGUUAGAUAUGGUUUAGAUCAUCUGGCCUUCCAAAUAUUCUUCACAGGUUUUGAUACCAUGUUUGUGUUCGGCUCGUAUCUAUCUGCAGCCUUUAUGUCCUGUGAGAGAUUCCAUGCCGUAUAUUGGCCGUUUAAACACCGAUCAUUAUCCACCAAAACAUAUCGCAUCGCCAUUUUUAUACUUUGGACACUUGCAGUCUGUCUGUCCACGAUAGUAACUUUGCUGUCGUUUUUUAUUUCAUUUGAAUCUGGUUUGUAUGUUUUUAUCCCCGUCUUGUUAAGUCUAACAAUCAUCAUGUGUGUCUGCAACAUCGGGAUCUGGAGAGGUCUUCAACACCAAAGGGUUACAUCACACCAUCAGAACAGAGCUCUGCGAAGGAAACGCUUAACAAAGACUUUACUUCUUGUAUCCAUGCUGGCUUUACUAUGUUGGCUUCCUUUUUUUAUUAUGAACGUUUUAUACUAUCUAACAAAGACCACAAUACCAUGGAAGUUUUAUUUCAUGGUGAACAUUUUAAAUUAUUCAAACUCUUUUGUCAAUCCAGUUGUGUACGCACUGAGAAUUCCUGAAUUUCAGCAAGCGUUGCGUUCGUGUUGUAGGAAGGGAAUAGCAACCAUACAGACGGAACAAAUCGAGAAAAAAACCCAAACGGCUGCAUCUGCAACGUCGGAGAUAGAGCUACGAAUCCUUUCACUCAAUCUCGCUUACCAGCAAGAAGAGUUUGAACAAGAAUAUAUGGAAAGUCAUUUUUAA